AGUCAGAUACCCAAAUGUCCAAAGGAUUGGGACAAGAUGACUUUCGAAAACUGUUGGCGACUCCACGCUCUGUGCUCCAGCAAACACCGCGGGCAGCGCAAACACCUCGACAGACCCCCAGGGCCACCAAGGAUGCCGAUGGGUUCGCCCAACCGGCACCAGUGAAGUCCAAAAAGAAGCUCUGGAAACCUCCGAGCAAAGAAGGCGCCUCCCAGUCUGACAAUGGGCCAGGGUAUCGAGACCGAGCACGAGAGCGAAGAGAAGGAGCAAAUCCAGACUAUGAGGAAACGGAGCAAAUGCUGGCAGUCUUGAAAGCCAGUGAACAAUCCCAAAACGCUGACCGGACCGAAACCGAUACAAGUCUUUCCAUUGAGCAGAGCAAAUAUCUUGGCGGUGAUGCCAAGCAUACUCAUCUAGUGAAGGGUCUUGAUUAUGCGCUGUUGGAAAAAGUCCAACGAGAGUUGCAACAGAAAGAUGCUGAAGAGAAAAAGGAAGAGGAGGCAAUACAGUAUGUUGAGCAAAUCCACGGGGACGGUGGUUCAAAGUUCAACUCUACGUUUGCGGCAAACAUUUACGAAUUGGCGGUCAAAAAGGCAAAGGUGCAACCGCCGCUUCGCAAUGAACUCUUUAUACCGGGAAGGCUGGCCUUUGCUUGGGAACUGGGAACAAUUGACGAAACGGGAGAUUACAUAGGAACGAGGGAUAUUCCCACAUCGGUAAUGCGAAGCAGGGCCGAUGUAAAGGGCUACGACCGAAAUUUUACCAUUUCCGGUAGCGAUCUGGUGAUCGAAAAGGUCGCCUCCGUCGUGGCGUACUUGAGAGAAGGGAGUGGCACGGCUGGUGCUAAUCCCAGCGGAAAGCGGCGAGUGAAACGAAAGGACAAGGAGAAAGGGCAAGCGCAAAUUGAAAAGGUAGAGGAACCUGGAACCGCUAAACAGGCCCAGACUGAGGAAGAGGACAUCUUUGCAGACGCAGGGCGGGAGUACACUUUUCAAGUGGAGGACCGAGGGCGUAGACCUGCCGAUAGGGUUGUUGGAAUGGGCGAAUACUUUGACAGUGCUGCUGUCCUGAUGGAGGACAACAAGGAGGCUAGUGAUGGGAUGGACCUGGACGUGAUUGGCCCGGAGUCUGGUAACGCCUUGUCGACAAUUCUUCAGGAAAGCGCAGGAAUGCUGGACUCACUACAAGGGGAUGGGGCUGCGAAGAAAAUGGUUGGAUCGUUACAAACCGCGGGCGGAGCAAAAAUGCCAACCGACUUGGAGCAACCUUCCACAGGAUCCACAACUGGUCACAAAAGGCAACACUCGGACCUUCUUCCUGCAUCCGCUUUGGAUGAUGUGCAAGAAAACCAUCUCGCUGAUCUCGCCGAUCUCGACGACUCUGCAAGUGACGCGGAAGGAGCCGAUUUGAAUCAGAUGGACUUGGGUGUACGACAAAACAAGCGAAAACAGUUGACUCGCUUCGAUUUUGAUACCGAUGAAGAAUGGCAAAAGUACAAGGAUAAGCAAGUGCAUUUACCAAAGGCCGCCUUCCAAUUUGGCAUCAAAGCGAGUGACGGCCGACAGAAGUCGGGACGAAAAGGGGGCGAAGGAUCUGGCAAAAAGAAGAACCACGACGCAAAGUUGAACCGUGAAUUCCAGCAGUUGAAUAAGGUCUUUACGGAUAAGUACGGAACUGGGCUAGAAGAUAGCGGUGGUGGACGUAAUAAGAAGCAGAAGCGUGGAAAAUAGUUUGGAUUCCGAUUAAUAAUUGAGAAGUCUGUUGCCCCAAAAUGCUCAUGUAAACCAUUCUACACAAACACUGCACGGCGUCGUACAUUUAUCAGAGUAAUUUUGAAAAGCCCUGGAUCACGGCUACAUGUCUGCUGACGUACUAUUUAGUUGUCUUCUACACCCAAAUGUGAGGUUAAGGUCAAGCUAAUAUUAUACAAUCCAUAACUAUUUAGGA